CUCCCCGGGGCGGUGCCGGGCCGGCGGCAGCGGCGGAGCGGGGCCAUGGUGAAGAUCGGCGUCCAGCAGCCGCCCGCGGCGCUCAAGCCGGACAAGGAGAAGGAGAAGGCGGCGGGGGGCGAUGGGGUGGCGGGCGCCGUGCUGCUGCCCCCGGGCGCUGAGGAGGCGGUCCCCGCGGCGCAGGGCCGCCGGUCGUCGCUCAGCGGGGUGUGCUACCUGACCAUGGGCCUCCUCGUGCUGCUGCUGGGGCUGGUCUUUGCAUCGAUGUACGUGUACAGAUACUUCUUCAUCACCCAGCUUCCCCGUGAGAGCGUGUUCCACUGCGGUGUCCUGUAUGAAGACUCGCUGUACUCGCCCUUCAAAGGGCAGCUGGAGCUGCAUGAAGAUGUCAAGAUCUACAUUGAGGAGAACUAUGAGCAAAUCAAUGUCCCAGUGCCCCAGUUUGGAGGGAGUGACCCUGCGGACAUCAUCCACGAUUUCCAGCGCGGUCUGACGGCGUACCAUGACAUAACGCUGGACAAGUGCUACGUCAUCGAGCUGAACACCACCAUCGUGAUGCCUCCUCGCAACCUGUGGGAGCUGCUGGUCAACGUGAAGAAAGGGACAUACCUGCCUCAGACGUACAUAAUUCAGGAGGAGAUGAUCGCCACGGAGCACGUCAGUGACAUGGAGCAGCUGGGCUCCUUCAUCUACCGCCUGUGCAGCGGCAAGGAGACGUACCGGCUGCGGCGGCGCGGCGCCCGCCGACGUAUCAGUCGACGCGAGGCUGGAAACUGUCAUCGUAUUCGUCACUUUGAAAACACUUUUGUGGUCGAAACUGUUAUCUGCCAAAAGUCAUGAAGCCACUCUCCAGAUGUAACCUUCCUUGGCUUUGCUUGCACACACAUGCACACACAUGCUCUCAGCCCUCUCUUUAGACAUGGUAAUGUGGCUACUUUUUAUACUCCCUCCAGCUUGUGCAGCUCAAACCUCUGGGGUCCUUUGUGGCCUUUCUUCCCUGCUACCUACCCAAGACAUUUGCUGGGCUUAAAUUUACACAGUGCUCAAUGAUAACUGGGGGUAGAUGCAGCUUCUUCCACACCACAGAAUGGAAAUCUCUUUUGGGAGCAGGUUUGGGUAGAAGGGAUGGCUGAGAAAUAGGAAUGCUGGAAAUAGGUGCUCUUUUCCUGGCUGAGCAAUUUCAGACUGGGAUAUUGCUCUGAGGCUGCCUUGGCACUGGGAUGGAGGAUGUAUGCACAAGAGGACGAUUUCCAUUUUGGUGCUGAUGUAAUGACCUAAACCAGGUGCACUUAGGAAAGGAAUAGUUGUGAGGCUACAGACAGGGCAGUUUGAGAGCCCAGCAGAGGGAAGGUGGUGUCAGCAGCAGAACUGGCAGUUACUGGCAAGUGAAGAAGAAGGUUUUUCAAAUCUUUUAACAGUGUGUAUUCUUGUGUAGCUCCUCCAGUGAACGCUGUUUUGAUAGUAAUAACUAUAAUCCAGCUGUGUAUCACAUUAUCUGCAGGUACCAGUGGAGUACAGAUACUGGUACAAGACAAGAUUCAGCUGAUCAAUAUACUGCAGAGAAAUUGUGUGAACAAAACUGCAUUUCUAUUGAUCAACAGACAGAAGAAUUGCAGGGUAAUUAAAUAUUCUUCCCUCUGUUCCACAAAUGUAGUUAAAACUAAUUAGGUUCUUCAAAUUCAGGCAGUUUUUUGGCUUGAAAGAAUGGAGUGAGUUUCAGCUUGGCACCUUCAUGUUAAUUGGUUUCCAGCAAAUCUGGACUUGUUCACCAUCUGUUGAAAUGAGCUUGUUGUUUUGGAAGAGGAAGGAUAAAGUAAAUGCAAGUACAAUCAUUAACUCAGCAGAACCAAAAAGCAAAGUUAAUAUACUUUAAACUUUUGAGUGUUAAUUCUAUGAGUUAAUUAUGUGAAAACAAAACAGGAUCUCAGGAUGGUCAUGUAAUGCAAUAGGAAUUAGUAUGUCCUUAGAGGCUGAGUGUUUAUUAUUUUAUAUAAACAUAGUCAGUGAUAAACAUUAAUUUCUGUCAAGUAGAGGACGACACUUUGGUUUAAUUCUGCUUUAAGCUUGACGUAAAAUGAAGAAUUAUGUGCACUUCCUGCAGGUUGGUGUGGAAAGCUUCCCACUGCCAGAUGGGUAUUUACUUUCUAGCAUUGUGUUUUCCCAGCAAUAACUUGCUCCUAGCCCCAGCCUUUAAUUGCCAAGAGGAUGACAAGAAGUGGGUCAGAGAAUUGGUUCUCUUAAUGGAAGUAACUGGUAAAUUUAAGCCCUGUGUUUCUCUUCAUUUCUAGAAGCCUGAGCCUGCACUCAGGUGAUCGUACAGGCCUCUUGCUCUGCCCUCUGGUACUGCAUGAUUUAACUGGUCAUUGGAUGUGCUAACCGUGCAAUCCCGCAGCUGUAAGGACAAACCUUGGUUCUUUGGGGUUAACUAAUGUGGUCACUGUUCCAUAGGAUGAGAAUGCAGUUGUUUAGAAAGAAAACAUAAGAUGCUUUGUAUAUUUUGUCUGGUGGGAAUCUUACUUCUUAGGAAAAACCCAUGGGAUAAUAAAGUCUUUUACCUCUGA